AUGCGAAACCUCAUAUUCUCGACAAAUAAUCCUUUCAACGCAUCAUCAUGGAGCAUUCCUACUGAAUUCAAUUUCACCGGCUACGACCCUUCUCUCUUCUUCGACGAUGACAAUGACACCGUCUAUUUCACUGGGGCUGCUGUUUCAUCUACGGGCACCGCGAUUGCGCUGGCUACCAUUGACAUCGAAACAGGGGUUCUUGGGGAUCUCUCGUACCCAUGGAAUGGCACCGGCCUGGGAACCGCCGAAGGUCCACACCUUUACAAGAAAGACGACUGGUACUAUAUCCUUGUUGCUGAAGGAGGUACUAAAGAAUCUCAUCGCGGCUCUGUCUCCCGUUCCCGCGCUAUCCAUGGUCCCUACGAGGGCAACCCAGCAAAUCCAAUUGUUGCCGCCGAGCACUUGAACUCAUCAUACAUACAAACAGUUGGCCAUGCUGAUAUCUUCCAAGAUAAAGCAACCGGUCACUGGUGGGGUGUCGCAUUAGCGAUGCGUUCAGGAGCCAAGUUCGAGACGUACCCCAUGGGCCGAGAGACGUUCUUAUUCCCGGUUUCCUGGCCAGCUGGUGAUGGGCUGUGGCCUCGUCUGCUCGAACCCGUUAGAGGACAGAUGAUGGCAUCACUUCCUGGCACAUAUAUCAACUCUAGUGGUAUACCUAGGAUUGACCAUAGCGUUGAUGUGGUCGACUUUGCGCCUGGAUCGGUCCUGCCCUCACAUUGGGUGCAUAUCCGACACCCAAGGGAGUCAGCGUACUCGAUUUCUCCCCAAGGACAUGCAAAUACAUUACAACUUGAGCUAUCAUCAAGAAGCUUAUCGUCGGUGAUUAUGCUGAAUAGCACUUUGACAAAGGACAUCACAUUUGUCGGUCGCAGGCAGACAGAAACACUCUUCUCAUUCAGCGUCGAUCUAGACUUUAAGCCUCAAUUCCCUGGAGAAGAGGCUGGGAUUUCUGUGUACCUGGACGAGAAAAGACACAUUGACUUUGGUGUGACGUACAACAACGAGACAAACGGCAGCAAACUACUUCAAAUUCAAUCAUACAGUAGCAACGAGAAUGUCACCGUGCCGCAACCGGUUACUUCAGCCCUGCCACCAGAAUACCAAGACCGCACGCCAAUCCGCUUGGAGAUUGUGGCAUCGGACACGACGCAUUACACAUUCAUGGCUGGGUUUCCGACUCUAUGCAACCAGAAAGCUGUGGACAUGACAAUAAUUGGGCAUGCCGGGACAAUUUUAGUGAGCGGUGGAUACACGGGAGUUGUCAUUGGAGUAUAUGGAACUACAAAUGGUCAAGCUAUUGAACGAAAACCAGCAGCAUACGUCAGUAGAUGGAGAUACUCUGGUAGUGGGCAGUACAUAGACUAUGAUCUCGUGGUAUAG